AAUAUGGUUGGAUGGGCCAACCUACACACACUGCACAACGGAACGUGACCUGAUGACCGGAUCAAAAAUUGCUCUUACAGAAAUCUGUCAAAUCCUCAAUUUUCUCAAUUCUCUUCAAAACAAGUCUUCUCUCCGCAAUACAAUUCUUCAGAGUUCAAAAAUAUUCCCCCCCUUCACCCUCUUCUCUCUUCAUUUUGCUUUCAUUUCGCCCUUGCAAAAAUCCAUCACAAACCCUAAUUUUCUCUCAUAAAUGUGUAUCUCUCUCUCUCUCACGCAAUUGAAUUUUUAACCUGAAUAGACUGAUGUCACUACACAUCGCCUAACCGACGUUUUUAUUCAAAGAGUCUAUUAAAAAUCUCUGCUUUCAUUCCAAUACCCAAAAACUUCUCCUCUCUCGCGUGUUGUAUUUAUUUAUUUUCUUUUGGGGGUUCUGAAUGUACUGUUUUCGUGGAUGAUUUGAAGAGAAAAAACUUCAGUACGGUUAGCUUUUACCCGCAUUGACUACGAUUGCUACAAAAUAGUAUAAUUAAGCAAUGUCAGAUGACAUGCUUUUACAUUUCUCUUCAAAUUCAUCCAAUCAAUCUGAUCAAUCGUCUCUGCCCACGAAAAUUGCGAAACUCGAGGCCAGAAUGGUGGGCAAGACAUCCUCUGCAGUUACUGCACCAGCCCAGGUCCAGUCCACUUUGUGGUCCGCGGCGGUCAAGUUUGGUAGUCCAUCCGAUAGCCUGCCCCCCGAGUCGCUGGUGUCAAGUGAUGAUUCUGAGGAUGAGAAUGGAGGGGAGUUUCUCAUACAAGCAAACACUCAGAAGCGCCAAAAAGUUGAAGAUUCUACUUUAUUUGAACAUGUUGAGGCAGCUGCUGAUCCAAGACAAGUUAUUGUAGAAUCAGACUCCAACAAGGUGGGUCCUGAUGUAAAUAAAAAAAAACAUGGUCGUGGUAGGGGAAGUUCUGCUUCAAGUAGGGGGCGUGGUUAUCGAGUUUGUGAUCCGACGAGAAUGGAGACAGUUUUUUCUCCAUCCAAUGGUCAACUCGAAAACUCACACAAGAUGCAGGAGCGUGUUUCCAAUGACCAUCCUGGACUUGAUGGCCAUACCUCCUUAGAGGAGGUCACUUCUUUACGUGCAAAAGUUGCAGCUUUGGAGGAAGAACUAACAAAGUUGCGUGAAGAGAAUUCUGAUCAUCGAAAUCAGCGUCAACAGUUAGAAAAGGAACUGAAGGAUCUUAAAGAUUAUGAACUGCAGAUGAAGCCAAAGAGAAUGAAAAUAAUAUCUGAUCUAUUGAUAACUAUUUCGAAAGCUGAGAGACAAGAAGCAAGGAUGAAAGUACGCCAAGAUUCCUUGAGACUUGGUAAUGUGGGAGUUGUCAGGGCUGGGACAGUCAUCUCUGAGGCAUGGGAGGAUGGACAAGCAUUUAAGGAUCUUAAUACUCACCUUAGGAACUUGUUGGAGAACAAGGAAGCUGUUGAAAGGCAGCGAAAAUUAGUGAAGAAACGUCAAUCGGAUAAGGGUGAGGGAAGUGACACAGAGGCAGUUCAUGAUGAUGUUCUAUUUUUGGACGAAGUAUACAAAUCUCGUCUAGCGAGCAUCAAGCGUGAGGAAGAAACAGUAAUGCGUGACAGAGAUCGAUAUGAAUUGGAGAAAGGAAGGCUUAUACGUGAAAUGAAACGCAUUCGAGAUGAGGAUGGUUCCCGUUUUAACAAUUUUCAGAUUUUAAACCAUCGAUAUGCUCUUCUGAACCUUCUUGGCAAAGGAGGAUUUAGUGAGGUUUAUAAGGCUUUUGACUUGGUGGAGCAUAGAUAUGUUGCAUGUAAGCUUCAUGGUUUACAUGCUCAGUGGAGCGAAGAUAAGAAGCAAAGUUACAUACGACAUGCAAUCAGGGAGUACAACAUCCACAAAACAUUGGUGCACCCACACAUUGUUCGCCUUUGGGAUAUUUUCGAGAUUGACCCAAAUACAUUUUGCACCGUAUUGGAGUACUGCAGUGGCAAGGAUCUUGACAUAGUUCUGAAAGCAACGCCUGUAUUGCCAGAGAGAGAAGCAAGGAUCAUCAUUGUCCAGAUUUUUCAAGGCCUUGUUUACCUGAACAAAAGAUCACAGAAGAUUAUCCAUUAUGAUUUGAAGCCUGGAAAUGUUUUAUUUGAUGAGCUUGGCUUCGCUAAAGUCACUGAUUUUGGCCUUAGCAAGAUAGUAGAGGAUGAUGUGGGAUCCCAGGGCAUGGAGCUUACGUCGCAAGGUGCUGGAACUUAUUGGUAUCUGCCUCCAGAAUGCUUUGAGCUAAACAAGACACCUCUCAUAUCCUCAAAGGUUGAUGUUUGGUCGGUUGGUAUUCUAUUUUACCAAAUGCUAUUUGGCCGACGUCCUUUUGGACAUGACCAGUCACAAGAGAAGAUUUUACGUGAAGACACCAUUAUCAAGGCCCGGAAGGUAGACUUCCCUUCAAGACCAUCCGUAUCAAAUGAGGCAAAGGACUUUAUUCGUCGUUGUUUGACAUACAGCCAAGCCGAGAGACCAGAUGUUUUAACUGUUGCUCAAGAUCCAUACCUAAGUUAUACAAAGAAAUGAUCUCUGUGGUGUGAAAGAGUUUGAGGAGACAAAUCACAAAAUCCAAAGGGAAUUUUGAAUAGUUGUAAAGCCUUUGUAACUUUUUGCUCGAUAGAUGGGGUACCCCCCACCCAACCAAAUCCUCUUCAUUUGUGUUCAUCAAGUAAGCAUAUCUUUUGCAUGGAAGAACCCAUGGAAAGGGAAAAUGGAAGUAAAUGAAAUGACUUCUGGAUUUGUUUAUAAGUAUUUCACUAUUUUAUAGCU